ACCAGAAUACGAAUGAAAUUACCCACAGUUCAAUGUUUUAUGAAAUUCUAUAAAUACUUUUGUUAUUUGAGGUUUCUCUAGCUGAAAAAAAAAAAACUCUUAGUAAGUAAAUAAUUUCUUUAAAUCAUUUAACAGAAUUACAGACAGAUUCCAUUCCUAUUUUGGUAUCGAUUUAAACAGGAACUCUCACUCAAGUCUUGGAAUCAAUUUUUUAUUAUGCUGAAUAUUUCCAACUAAAUAUAGUUUUCUGUCGAAUUUUGCUCGACUUUGAUUUGAAGCAACCAAAAAUUAAUUUACCAAUAUCAAGUGAUACUUAUUAUCAACACCAGUAACAGGAAUAUUUUUACCAAUUCUUUCGUAUACAAGAAGGUCAUAAACCAAACUACAUAAAUUAUAUAUCUUCGUUGAUGCUAUUAUUGUUACUGCAGCAGUUAAUUGUUGGUGUUCUACCUGUUAAGUUAUGAUCCUUUAGUGGUCAACAAUCUAUAAACCAAACCUAAACUUCUAGGUACUGGAAUCGUUAUUAUCUCAAGAACUACAAGAGCUUCAUAAAUUGAAACAUGUCGUUUGGAAUCGUGCUGUUGUUUGUGACUGUUGUGUCCAGUUUGGUGACCGCAGCUCCCCUGAACAAGGAAGUACCGUUUAAUCUGAGUUCAGUGAAUCAAAUGAAUUUUGACUUCAGUAAGUUUUCAGGACCUUGGUACACCAUUUGGAAGAGCAAGAAAUUUGUCCAAAAUGAUCAAGUCAAAAUUAAGGCUAAAGAAUUUUCUUCAAACUCAAGAGGAAGUAUUUCAUUUGUGGAAACGGAUGCAAGUGAAAACAAGCUUCACUCGACACCUGUAACUGGGGUAACAAAAACGGAGAAGAACGUUACAGUGAGGAUCGUCUCAACAGACUACAAUUCCACGGCACUGCUCCUUUACUGUACCAAUUCCACAGAGUCUACAUGUCGUCCAAACCAUUACUAUUUCGAGAUAGCUUCAAGGACGCGCACAAUGGAACCCGAUGAUGAAAUACGGAUUCUGACUGAAAUAAAUACAGUCAGUGGAAGAUAUGAAGAAAUGACGUACCUGGGCGCAGACUGUGAAGGAGACAGUGCCGUGUUCGAUUCCAUUCCCGUCACCUCAUCCUUCUCCCUGAACAAUAUUCUUGGAAAUGCCUUUGCCUUAGCACAAACAAGCUUCACGGGAGCCAAACCCUUGCUAGCUCACAGCAUUUACUUACCUCAGAUAAAUCAGAUUGUAGGAUGGUUCACCAUUUUAAGUGCUAAUAGUGACAACGAAACUGAGUGCAGUAGAGUAAUGCGGAGUAUGACUAAAGUAAGCCCUAAUAACAGUGGUAUUCUGUACAGCAAAAUCGGUCACAUUGAAAGCCAAAAUAAUUGGAGUAUCUCCAAGACUCUAUAUUCAGAUAAACAUUACACAUUGAGUUAUUUCUGUUUUGAGGAAUAUAACCGAUCCUGUUCAAUGAACAAGACUGAAGUUCGUUUGGAUAGUAGACAGAGGGAAAUCGAUCCAAAUUUCAAGACAACACUGUUUCAGCUUCUACAAAAAGUCUGUUUGACAGCAGAUAGCAUGAAAAACAUUGAAUAUAAAAUCAAUUGCUCUUCCAAUUUAAAUGAAGUUGUCAACAAGGAACAAAUGCAAUUUAAGAACCCUGUCAAUGGUGUCUGUCAAAAGGAAAAUAUGCCAUUAGCCAACUACGAUCAUGGAAAAAUACAGUUGGAUGGUAUUUGGUAUGUCGUUGCUGCUAUGAAUAGUAUUCCAGGAUCCGUUGUGAACAUCACCACACUACCAGACACUUUGAUCAUUGACCGGUGCCAACCAAAGGACAAUACUUGUCAAUGGAAAUGGAGAAGCAGCUAUACCCAAAUCUGUCCAGGAAAGGCAAAAUUCAUGGAAACAUACCUGAACCUUCCAGGAAAAAAUUUCAGUACAAUAUAUGAACAUCACGUGGCCUACAUUGAUGAAGACACUCAAUUCAUAUACUCAUGCCCAGAAGAAAGUACCGGAAAGUGUGAUACAAAUAGUGUUUCACUCAUGGUAUACUCCAGACAAAAACAAAUGACAAACGGUACCCUGGAGAAACUAAAAAACUUUCAGCCAUUCCUAUGCUUGAAUAUUUCUCAACUGAAUACAGUAACAUUUCCAUCACUGAAUUUCACAGAACCUACAAAAUUGACGAACAACACACAUACUACAUGCUCUGUGGAAAAUAUUCCUGGUAUUGAAAACUACAACCAGUCAAAGCUUCUUGGAACAUGGUAUGAAGUAGCGCAUUCUGAUAUCCCUGACCAAAUAGGAAAGAGGGGUGCAAACCAUACACACAGAGUUCAAUUCUAUGAGGACACAGAUGGACAUUUAAAACUUGGAUAUCAAUAUGCUAACAACAAGACAGACACUAGUGGUGCAUUUGUUGGUGACAUACAACCUCAAUGUGCUCAUGAUCUCAGUGGACAUUUUACAACAAAGUACACAUUUUCUGCACUUGUAAAGAUCCUGUAUACGGAUUAUGAUAAUCUCACGAUAAUAUUCGUCUGCGCUUUCACCAACUACUACGGUGAAUGCCAUACGCCUAUGGUCCACAUAAUGAGCAGAAAGAUGGAACUUACAACACACAUGCUCAGCAUGGCUGAAUCCACCUUCAGUAAAGUCUGUGUUAAUCCAGAUAAAAUCCAGAUAGUGCAGGAUGUUUCUGCAAGUGAGGUGAACCAUAGCUGUAACACAGUGAAGAGUACUGAUUGGAAGAAAGAAAGACAAAGCAGAUAAACGACACGGUGACAGAACACUAAUAGAUUGAUGUUUUUUAAUAUUGAUCUUAAUUGCUUCAGAGAGCAUGAAAUGGUUUAUGAUAUUUCAAUGUACCCGUUAGCAAAAUAGUAAAUUGAGAAACGAAAAUUUAAAUAAAUACUUCAUUUAUAUCCA